AUGCAUAAUUCACUACAAUAAAAUAUUAAUUACAAUUCAAAAGAAAAAGAAUAGAAACCUUUAGCAAGUGGAAAAGCUUAACUGUUACAGAGCAGUGAGCAGCCUUUGAAGCCCAUUUCCAUACCCAGCACCAUAAACACUCCCCCUGCUCCUCCUCCUCCUUUCUCCAUAGAUGUCUGCCUGCUAAAUUCUUGAUACAAUACAGCACUCAAACAUCUGUUGAUUCCCCAAAUCCUUUCCACAAUCGAUGAAGAUUUUCAUCUCUCUCACAAAAUUUUCCCAAUAAUCGAGAAAAAUGCUACUGUUUCUUUGUCCAGAUUCAUCAUCCAUGGCCACCGUUUAAACGUUUUCUACUAAAUUCCUACCACUUGUUGUUCCUCCAUUUCGAGAAGGAGCUUCAGAUUUGGAUCUCUCAAACGAAUCGCAUUGAAAACGAAGACAUGGUGGAUUUUGUCGUCUUUUUGAAGAAUGUUCUAGUAGUAUCUCUGGCAAUGAAUAUUGGUUUGAUUUGGAAAAUAAGCUAUAACAAUGAAGAAACCCUAUCUUCCAAAUGGAGUAGCUGGGGAAAUCUACAGCAGAAGCUUCAUUUUCAUGCCUUUGGUUGUAAUGGCGACAGAAGAGAAGAAGAGGAGGCGCAGAUUAGCAAGAACACGCAGCUACUGUCAACGACGUCGUCUGCUUCUGCUUCUGCUCCUGCUCCUCCUGAGAUUCCAGAUGGCGGGGAGAGUGUUGUCAUCAAUCUCGACCAUGGCGACCCAACGAUGUAUGAGAGCUUUUGGAAGCAAAAAGGCAAAGAGAUAACGGUUGUGACUUCAGGUUGGCAGCACAUAAGUUAUUUUUCGGAUGUAAAAAACGUUUGCUGGUUUUUGGAGCCACAGCUUGUGAGUGCAAUCAGGAGGUUGCACAAAGUGGUUGGCAACGCGAUCACCGAGGGUCGACAUAUUGUUGUGGGAACGGGUUCUUCACAACUUUAUCAGGCUGCGCUUUACGCGCUCUCACCUCCCAACGCUCCACAGCCUAUGAAUGUGGUGUCUGCUGCUCCAUUCUACUCGUCGUAUCCAUUGAUGACCGACUACCUGAAAUCAGGGCUACACAAAUGGGCAGGUGAUGCAAAUGAGUUUAAUAAAGAAGAGCCCUACAUUGAGCUCGUGACUUCUCCUAACAAUCCUGAUGGAUUUACCAAGCAAGCUGUAGUAAAAGGAGACAAAGGGAUUUUGAUUCAUGAUCUUGCUUACUACUGGCCACAAUAUACACCGAUUAUAUUACCUGCAGACUAUGAUAUUAUGCUCUUCACCGUGUCCAAAAGUACUGGCCAUGCUGGUACGCGAAUCGGCUGGGCUCUUGUUAAAGAUAGAGAAGUUGCUAAGAAAAUGACGACAUUUAUAGAGAUCAACACCAUCGGUGUGUCUAAAGAUUCACAGAUCCGAGCAGCAAAGAUAUUGCAAGCCGUAUCUGAUAGUUGUGAUCAUGCCAACCAGAAAGAAGCAGCUGAAAGCUUCUUCGACUAUAGCUAUAAGCACAUGGAAGAAAGAUGGAAGAAACUUAGAGAAGCGGUGAAUAAGACACAACUUUUCAGCUUACCCAGUUUUUCAAUGGAGACAUGUUGUUUCAGUGGCCGGACUUUUGGACAGCUGCCUGCGUUUGCUUGGUUAAAGUGCGAAGGAGGAGAAGUGGGUGAUUGUGAAAGCUUCCUGCGGAAACAUAAGAUAUACACGAGAGGUGGGAAGCAUUUUGGGGCGAGCUCGGAAUACACGAGGAUCAGCAUGCUGAGUCGAGAUAGCGAAUUUAAGCUCUUCACCGAGAGGCUGCCUGCAAUUGUGUCUUGAAAGUCAAAAUUUUUGUUUUACAAGAUAAUGGUUAGCCAUAGGCCUGUGUAAAAAAAGAUGUUUCCUUUUGUCUUGGUGAUGUUAUAUGUAUAUGAAUCUUUGGGUC